AUGGGACUCAUGGCUUUCCAUCCACUUUUUUUGCAGUGGCUUCCUCUACUUUUGUUGCUGCUUCCAAUUCUCUGCCUCUUCCUUCUUAAGCAGAAAAACACACAGAAGAAAAUACCUAAUCUUCCUCCGAGACCUCCAACUCUUCCCAUCAUAGGCAAUCUUCACCAAAUUGGCGGUAAAGCACCUCAUCACUCUCUGUGGAAACUGUCCCAAAAAUAUGGCCCUAUCAUGCUCUUAAAACUUGGCCAAGUCCCAACUCUUGUCAUCUCUUCCUCUGAAAUGGCCAAAGAGGUCUUAAAAACUCACGAUCAUCAAUGUUGCUCUAGGCCUCCCACGGAAGGCUCGAGGAGACUUUCUUACAAUUUCUUAGACGUUACCUUCUCUCCCUAUAGUGAUUACUGGAGUAAAAUGCGUAAGAUUUGUGUCAGUGAGCUCUUAAGCUCCGCGAGGGUGAGGUCUUAUAGGUUGCUGAGGAAACAAGAAAUGACUCGGUUCAUAAACUUGGUCUCCGAGGCUUCACCAAAUGCUAUCAAUCUCAGCGAAAAUGUGUGUUCUUUGAUAGGUACAAUAGUACGUAGGAUUGGUUGUGGCGGGACACAAUUUGAAUGUGGUAAGCCUGAAGAUGCAAUUAAAGAAGCCAUGACAAUGCUGGGGAGUUUCUCAGCCGCGGAUUUCUUUCCAUCUUUUGGUUGGAUUGUGGAUGUUCUGACGGGGUUUCAUGCGAGGAGGGAGAAGUGCUUCCGUGAUUUUGAUCAGUUUUUCCAAAGGGUGCUUGACGAGCAUCUUGAUCCUUCCCGGCCCAUUCCCGAGCAUGAAGAUAUUAUUGAUGUCAUGAUUCAAUUGUCGGAGGAUCAAAGCAUUGCUGGAGGUCUCACUAAAGACCAUAUCAAGGCUGUCCUCAUGAAUGUAUUUUUGGGCGGAAUAAACACGAGUGCUAUUACCAUUGUGUGGGCGAUGACAGAGCUAUCCAGAAACCCGCCAGUGAUGAAGAAACUACAAGCUGAAAUAAGAACAUGCGUCGGAAAGAAGGCAAUGGUAGAAGAAAGCGACAUUGAAAACCUUCACUACUUGAAAUUGGUGGUCAAGGAGACACUGAGGCUACACCCUCCGGCUGUGCUGCUACUACCGCACGAAACAAUGGUGCAGUGCAAGAUUGGUGGCUACGAUGUUCACCCGAAAACAAGGAUCCAUGUGAAUGCGUGGGCAAUCAAUAGAGACCCCCGAAAUUGGAAGGAGCCUGAAGAGUUCAUCCCGGAGAGGUUUGAGAAUGGUUGCAUUGAUUUUAAAGGUCAGCAUUUCGAGUUUUUGACAUUUGGAGCUGGUAGAAGGAUCUGCCCAGGCUUGGUAAUGGGAACCACAAAUGUAGAGUUUGUGCUUGCAAAUCUUCUCUACUGCUUUGAUUGGGGACUGCCCAGUGGGAUGAAGAUUGAAGAUAUUAGCUUGGAAGAGGAAGGCACUUUUACUGUUUAUAGAAAAUUACCUCUCUACCUUGUGCCCAUCAAGCUAGCUGGCUUGGAGGGGUAGCAAGCAGGGUGUUUAGAAAGUGUCAUUGCAGUUAUUAAUUAAUAAUGGGUAUCUGAGCAAUCUAUAUAAAUAAGAAUUGACUAGAUCUAAGCUCUGUU